UUGGGGUCCAGGGACCCGGAAAGAACAUUUUUCAAGGAUCACCUCAUGUUAGGCAUAAGUACCACAUGUACCUCUAAAUAGUAGGGAUUGUACAGAUGGUACUCGGUCAAACGCAGUAAAAACUUAAAACUAAAACACAAGUGGAAGAUUUGAGAGAGAAUUUGAAGAAACAUCGACAUCCUUCAAAUCUCAGCCAGCUCUCCUCAUGGACCCAAACGAGACUGUCUUCCGAGGCAACAUCAGCAACCUGACCUGCUCGCGCGACAAUGUCGUCAAGACGGUCGUUUUCCCCGUUCUCUACUCCGUCCUGUUCCUUGCCGGGCUGUCCCUCAAUGGCCUGGCGGUGUGGGUGUUCCUGCGCAUCCCCUCGCGCUCACAUUUCGUCAUCUACCUUAAGAACGUCGUGGUCGCCGAUGUCAUCAUGACCCUCACGUUCCCUUUCAAGGUGUUAUCAGACUCCAACAUGGCCUCCACUGGCCUACGAAUAUUCGUGUGCCGGGUCUCCUCGGUGCUCUUCUACCUGACCAUGUACAUCAGCAUCCUCUUCUUCGGGCUCAUCAGCAUCGACCGCUGCAGGAAGACCCUGGCGCCGUUCAAGGGCACCAAUGCCAAGCGGCUGGCCCGCAGGAAGCUCCUAUCCGCCGUAGUGUGGAUGGUCCUUCUUGGGCUUUGCCUCCCCAACAUGAUCCUGACCGGUAAGACGCCACGGUCGCCAUACUUCAAGUGCAGCGACUUAAAGGACCAGGCUGGGCUUUAUUGGCACGAGGUGGUCAACCACGUGUGUCAGGUUAUCUUCUGGGGGAACCUUUUGAUUGUGAUCGUGUGCUACACGCUAAUCACUAAAGAGCUGUACAAAUCGUAUUUGCGCACCACGACUCGACGUCCCGAGAGGUUAAGGGCUUCGGCCAAGCAGAAAGAGCAGGCUAAGAGAAAAAUGAACACCAACGUCUUCCUGGUCCUGGCCGUGUUUUUCCUGUGUUUUGUGCCGUUCCAUUUCGCCCGUGUACCGUACACAAUGAGCCAGACACGGGGCCUCCUCUUCAACUGCCGACUCAAGCUCUUCUUCUUCCAGCUCAAAGAAAGCACGCUCUUCCUGUCAUCCCUAAAUUCACUCCUAGACCCCCUCAUCUACUUCUUCCUCUGCAAGUCCUUCAGGACUACGCUGUUCAAGUCCCUCAGGCUGCCACCUGGCACAUGCAGCUGGUUGCUCGAGAGGGGCUCAGACACUGAUUCUAACAGCACCACUCUGAAAAACGUGUGUGCCAGUAUUGGACCAUCAGGGUGACAGUGUCUCCUCUGCAGGUAUAAUAUUUGUUCCUAAAAAUUGUGUUAAUUCUUUAUCACCAGUCUAUUAUCUUCAUUUCAGAGAGUUUUCUCUCGGGUGCAUUGCUUCCAGUACAUGUAUGUGGUUGUUACAUUUAAAAGCAGAUUUCAGCUUCUUUUUGCUGCCAUGCCAAUAUAAUCUGUCAUUGGAUUUAUAUGACUUUUAAAUGAGUCCACAAAGAGCCUCAGAGGCCCGCAGUACAUAAAACGACAACAACAUCUCUGGUGUCGACUCCCAGCCGGGCAGGAAAAAUAAUGAAAAAAAAAUCUUGAGAAGGAAUCAGGGAUAGAGGGAUCCAUCCCCCGUUCCAGGGUGACCGGGCUACAGCGGAUGCAUCAUUGGCAACAUUUAUCCCUGUACAAUUUAAUGAAAUGAAACCCCGCAGGCAGUUCGCCUUUGGGGAACUGGUUCUCCUUAUGAUAUUCUCAUCGGUCGAUGCAGAAUCCAACACAGCAACACCUCCUCAGUGGUCUUCUUCAGAUCUCGUCCUGGUUGAUCGAUGUAAAAUCCUUGCUACGAUAAUCAUCAAGCUCGCUCUAUAGAUGGGGAAGUGGCAGUAAAACAGGCCAUAAUUCAGAUGUCAUGGGGUGAGGCAACGGCACAACUAGAUACAUAUUCAGUGUGGUUUAACCAAAUUAAAUAUUGUAGAAAUAAGCCGUAAAUUGAGGGUCUUCGGAAUAUAGUGCUGGCUAAUGUAAUGUAAAAUAUGCUAUAUUACAAAUUAGCAAUGUGACUGUUUCUUUCACCAAUCAGAUUUCUAAUUUGGCUCAGUGGGCCCUGAAUAAUUUUUCCGUCCUCUGGUUGAUCAGAGCAAGAACCAUUUGACUCAGUGUUUGUAUGUUAUUCAUUGUUUCUUUUACUUUGUAUCUUGUCUUUUUUGCACUGUGCUGAGUCUUCAACAUUAAAAAUGUGACUGAAUGUAUUUUGGGUACUUUACAACCCGUUUUGUGAUGUUGUUUACAAAAAGUCGUCUAAUCAUUUUUAAAGGCCAUAUGUUGACUCUAAAGAAUUGUUUGACUGUUCUUUUAUGAAGUAUUUUGAUUGACAUUCUGGAGUGAAAAGCACUGUCAAUAAAGUUUGAUUGUGUCACUCA